AUGGCGGUUUCCGCCGCAGCGGCCGCGACUGGCGCGCUCAAGACGGCACUGCCCCCUGCCACAGGGGACGCCACCUUGGCCUUCGUUUUCGACGUCACCGGCUCCAUGUGGGACGACCUGAUGCAGGUGAUAGAUGGCGCCUCGCGCAUUCUGGAGCGCAGCCUGAGCAGCCGCAGCCAGGUCAUCAGCAACUACGUGCUUGUGCCCUUCCACGACCCAGAUAUUGGCCCAGUGACCCUCACGGCGGACCCAGCGGUAUUUCAGAGGGAACUGAGAGAACUCUACGUGCAGGGAGGUGGUGACUGCCCAGAAAUGAGUGUGGGGGCCAUCAAGGCUGCUGUGGAGGUUGCCAACGCAGGCUCUUUCAUCUACGUCUUCUCCGACGCCCGUGCCAAGGACUAUCACAAGAAGGAGGAGGUGCUGCGUCUCCUCCAGCUUAAACAGUCACAGGUGGUCUUUGUGCUUACGGGAGACUGUGGUGACCGCACUCAUCCUGGCUACCUGGCCUUUGAGGAGAUCGCUGCCACCAGCUCUGGGCAGGUGUUCCACUUGGACAAGCAGCAAGUGACUGAGGUGCUGAAGUGGGUGGAGUCAGCGAUCCAGGCCUCCAAGGUGCACCUGCUAUCCACAGACCAUGAGGAGGAGGGAGAGCACACAUGGAGGAUCCCCUUUGACCCCAGCCUGAAAGAGGUCACUGUCUCCUUGAGCGGACCGGGGCCUGAGAUCGAAGUCCGUGACCCGCUGGGGAAGAUCCUGCAGAAGGACGAGGGUCUCAACGUGCUCCUCAACAUCCCUGACUCAGCCAAGGUGGUGGCCUUUAAGCCUCAGCAUCCUGGACUAUGGUCCAUCAAGGUCUACAGCAGUGGCCGCCACUCGGUGAGGAUCACGGGCAUCAGCAACAUCGACUUCCGAGCCGGCUUCUCCACUCAACCCUCUCUGGACCUCAACCACACCAUUGAGUGGCCCUUGCAAGGGGUGCCCAUCUCUCUGGUGAUCAACUCCACGGGCCUACAGGCACCUGGCCGCCUAGACUCGGUGGAACUCUCACACAGCUCAGGACAGCCCCUCCUGAAUUUGCCCACACAGCUCCUCUCCAACGGAUCCACCCAUCAGCUGUGGGGUGGGCCACCCUUUCAAACCCCCAAGGAGCGCUUCUAUCUCAAGGUGAAGGGUGAAGACCAUGAGGGAAACCCCCUCCUUCGUGUUUCCGGAGUUGCCUACAGUGGGGUGGUCCCAGGUGCCCCCCUGGUCAGCAUGCCUUCCAGGAUCCAUGGCUACCUGCAGCAGCCCCUGCUGGUCUCCUGCUCUGUACACAGCACCCUCCCCUUCAGGCUGCAGCUGCGGCGAGACGGAGCCAAGCUGGGUGAAGAGAGGCAGUUCUGGCAGUCAGGAAACAGCAGCUGGGAGAUCCCACGGGCCUCCAAGGCUGAGGAGGGGACAUACGAGUGUGCAGCGGUCAGCAGGGCUGGGACUGGACGAGCAAAGGCCCAGAUUGUCAUCACAGAUCCCCCACCACAGCUGGUCCCUGACCCCAACGUGACAGUGUCCCCAGGGGAGACUGCCAUCCUGUCCUGCCGGGUCCUCAGUGAGGCCCCUUACAACCUGACUUGGAUUCGAGACUGGCGGGUCCUGCCCACCUCAUCGGGCCGAGUCACCCAGCUGGCUGACCUAUCCCUGGAGGUCAGUGACAUUGUCCCUAGUGAUGGCGGGCGGUACCAGUGUGUGGCCAGCAAUGCCAAUGGAGUCACAAGGGCAUCCGUCUGGCUCCUGGUGCGAGAGGCCCCACAGGUCAGCAUCCACACCAGGUCCCAACAUUUCUCUCAGGGUACGGAGGUGAGGGUGAGCUGCUCAGCUUCUGGGUACCCCACGCCCCACAUCUCCUGGAGCCGAGAGAGCCACACCCUACAAGAGAACAGCAGAGUCCUUGUAGAUGCCCAGGGAACACUGAUCAUUCAAGGAGUAGCCCCAGAGGAUGCUGGGAAUUACAGCUGCCAGGCUACUAAUGAGGUUGGCACAGACAAGAAGACUGUCACACUGUACUAUACAGACCCACCUUCAGUCUCUGCUGUCAAUGCCGUGGUGCUUGCUGCUGUUGGGGAGGAGGCUGUGCUGGUGUGUGAGGCUUCUGGGGUCCCCCCGCCCCGGGUCAUCUGGUAUCGAGGGAGUCUUGAAAUGAUUCUGGCCCCAGAGGGCUUUGGCUCUGGGACCCUGCGGAUCCAGGCAACUCAGGAGAGGGACGCUGGCGUCUACACCUGCCGAGCCAUCAAUGAGUUGGGUGAUGCCUCUGCGGAAAUCCGGCUAGAGGUUGGAUAUAUGCCCCGGCUGAUGGAACCACCACAGAAUGUCACUGUGGAGUUUGGGAAGAAUGCCCUCCUGGUGUGCCGUGUCACAGGCCGCCCACCCCCAACAGUCACCUGGCACCGCAGAGAUGGCCAGCCAGUAGGGCAGGGCAGUAGGACCGGACAGCCAGAUCCAGGAGUGCUGUUCUUCGAAAGUGUGGCCCCUGAGGACCAGGCUCUGUACGUCUGUGAAGCUCGAAAUGUCUUCGGGAAGGUUCAGGCAGAGGCCCAGCUCACUGUCAUGGGACAUGUUGCCCCACAGAUCGCCAGCAGUGCCUCCACGGUCCGGGUCCUAGAGGGACAGCCCGUGUCCUUGCCCUGCAUCAUCCUGGCAGGGAGGCCCCUCCCAGAGAGGCGCUGGCUGAAGGCCGGCCAGCCUCUCCUGCCUGGCAGCCGACAUGCUGUCCGAGCAGAUGGUAGCCUCCACCUUGACCGGGCAAUGCAGGAGGAUGCAGGGUGGUACCGCUGUGUGGUCACCAACACGGCCGGCUCUCAGCAGCGGGAAGUGGAGCUGGCGGUCCAGGUGCCGCCUAGAAUCCAGACCGCUAUCACCCACCACAUCACUAAUGAAGGCAUUCUGGCCUCUCUUCCUUGUACGGCCUUGGGAGUUCCCACCCCAACCAUUACCUGGACUAAGGAUACCAAUACCCUGACCUCCAGGGGUCCCCACUACAAUGUGAGUAAGGAUGGCACUCUGGUCAUUGUCCAGCCAUCUGCCCAGGAUGCAGGGGCCUAUGUCUGCACGGCCACCAAUGCUGUGGGCUUCUCCAGCCAAGAGAUGUGGCUCUCUGUGAACACCAAGCCCAGGAUUCAUGUGAAUGGGUCACAUGAUGCAGACAGGCCCUUGAGAGUCACAGCCAAGGUUGGUGAAGAGGUGAUCCUGGACUGUGAGGCUCAGGGCUCCCCUGCCCCAUUGGUCAGCUGGAUGAAGGACUCCCGCUCCAUGCCGCUUGUCCCAGACAGGCACAGCCUCCUCCCAGCUGGCUCCCUACGUCUGACCCAGGUCCAGGUCAGUGACAGUGGCCACUACCAGUGCACGGCCAGUAACCCUGCAGGGUUCACCUCCCGCUGGUACAUCCUCGGGGUGCAAGCUCCCCCUCAGGUGCAGCUGGGCCCGCGCAUGCUGAAGGUGCUGGCAGGAGAAGCCCUGGAUCUGAACUGCGUGGCUGAGGGCAACCCAGAGCCCCGGCUGAACUGGUCCAAGGACGGGGUGGCCCUGCAGGGCCGGGUGCCUGAGGGCUCAGUCCACUUUGCAGCCAUCAAGGCCUCUGAUGCCGGAACAUACCGCUGUGAGGCCUCCAACAGUGCUGGGGUGGAUGCGUGGGAGCUGGAGCUCAGAGUGCUGGAACCGCCGCACUGGGGGGCCGAUCAGACCAGUGGCCUGCUGGAGCGCGUGGCUGGAGAGAAUGCCAGUCUUCCAUGCCCUGUAAGAGGCACGCCUAAGCCGCAGGUCACGUGGCGGAAGAGCCUGUCCUCAGAACCUCUGCUUGGCCGGCCGGGUGUGGCAGUGCUAGAUGAAGGGUCUCUGUUCCUGGCCUCAGUCUCGCCCACGGACAGCGGGGACUACGAGUGUCAGGCCACCAACGAGGCAGGCUCUGCGUCCAGAAGGGCCAAGUUGGUGGUCUACGUGCCCCCCAACAUCCGGGCGGAUGGACGCAAGGCCAACGUAUCAGGCAUGACUGGGCAGUCCCUGACGCUGGAGUGUGACGCAAAUGGCUUUCCCACCCCUGAGAUCGAGUGGCUCAAGGAUGGGCAGCUGAUCCCUGAGGCUGGCAACCACUACCUCCUGGAUGGGUCCCGGUCUCUCCACUUCCCCAGGAUCCAGGAGGGCGACUCUGGCCUCUACUCCUGCCGGGCUGAGAACCAGGCUGGGACGGCCCAGCGGGACUUUGAGCUCCUGGUGCUCAUCCCACCUUCUGUGCUUGGAGCUGGGGCUGCCCAGGAGGUGCUGGGCCUGGCAGGUGGAGACGUGGAGCUGGAGUGCCGGACUACAGGGGUCCCCUCGCCCCAGGUGGAGUGGACCAAGGACGGGCAGCCUGUCUUUCUGGGAGACCCUCACAUCCAGCUCCGGGAGGACCACCAGGUUCUCAGGAUCACCAGCAGUCACCUGGGAGACGAGGGGUGGUACCAGUGCAUGGCCUUCAGUCCAGCUGGCCAGCAGGCCAAGGACUUCCAGCUCACGGUACACUCACUCCCCACCAUCUGGAGCUCCAGUGAGACCAGUGAGGUGGCCGUCAUGGAGGGGCACCCAGUGCGGCUCCUGUGUGAAGCCCGGGGAGUCCCCGCUCCUGACAUCACCUGGUUUAAGGAUGGAGACCCACUCCCCAGCAGCGCCAAGGCAGUCUACACCAGGGGCGGCCGGCAGCUGCAGUUGGGGAAGGCCCAGGGCUCAGAUGCUGGCGUCUACACCUGCAAGGCCAGCAAUGCUGUGGGGACAGCAGAGAAGGCCAGCAGGCUGGAGGUUUAUGUCCCACCCACCAUCGAGGGCGCUGAUGGAGGACCGCACGUGGUCAAGGCAAUGGCUGGGAGGCCCUUGGCACUGGAGUGUGUAGCCAGAGGCCGCCCACACCCCACACUCUCCUGGCACCACGAGGGGCUGCCUGUGGCAGAGAACAAUGUGACGUGGGUGGAAGCAGGCGGCAAGCUGUGGCUGGAGAGCCUGGGGGAGGCAUCCGGGGGCCUGUACAGCUGUGUGGCGGGCAGCCCUGCUGGGGAGGCUGUGGUGCAGUACUCCGUGGAAGUGCAGGUGCCCCCACAGCUCCUUGUGGCUGAAGGCCUGGGCCAGGUGACCACCAUCGUGGGACAGUCCCUGGAACUUUCCUGCCAGGCCACAGGCACCCCUGUGCCCACUAUCCAAUGGCUGCAGAAUGGUCGCCCCACUGAGGAGCUGGCCGGGGUACAGGUGUCCUCGCAGGGGGCCACGCUGCACAUCAACCAUGUGGAGCUGGGCCACGCGGGCCUCUUUGCCUGCCAGGCCACCAAUGAGGCAGGCACUGCUGGGGCUGAGGUGGAAGUAUUUGUGCACGAGCUCCCAUCGGUUGACAUCAUUGGGGGUGAGAACAUCACAACCCCUUUCCUGCAGCCUGUGACCCUUCAGUGUGUAGGAACUGGGGUGCCUGUCCCAAGUCUCCGCUGGUGGAAGGAUGGGGUGGCCCUGACAGCCUUGGGGGGCAAUCUGCAGAUUGAGAAGGUAGACCUGAAGGAUGAAGGCAUCUACACUUGUGCUGCCACUAACCUGGCUGGGGAGAGCAAGAGGGACUUGGCACUAAAGGUCUUGGUGCCUCCCAACAUCGAGCCAGGUCCAGUCAACAAGGCAGUGCUGGAGAAUGCCUCAGUGACCCUGGAGUGUCUGGCUUCAGGUGUGCCCCCUCCAGAUAUCUCCUGGUUCAAAGGUCACCAGCCUGUCUCUGCCCGGGCAGGAGUGACACUAUCUGCUGAUGGGAAAGUUCUCCACAUCCAGCGAGCCCAGCUUUCCGAUGCUGGGAGCUAUCGCUGCGUGGCAUCCAAUGUGGUGGGCAGCACGGAGCUGCAGUAUGGCUUGCGUGUCAAUGUACCUCCGCACAUCACGCUGCCACCCAGCCUGCCAGGCCCCGUGCUGCUAAACACCCCUGUUCGGCUGACCUGUAAUGCCACUGGAUCCCCCAGCCCCACACUGAUGUGGUUGAAGGACGGAAACCCGGUGUCUGCUGCAGGGACGCCCGGCCUCCAGGUCUUCCCUGGUGGCCGGGUCCUCACCUUGGCCAGUGCCCGGGCCUCUGACUCCGGCAGCUACUCCUGCGUGGCUGUGAGUGUGGUGGGCGAAGACCGCCGGGACAUCGCCCUGCAAGUCCACAUGCCCCCUAGCAUCCUGGGAGAAGAGCUGAACGUGUCAGUUGUGGUCAAUGAGUCAGUGGCCCUGGAGUGCUGGAGCCAUGCCAUGCCCCUUCCUGUGCUGAGCUGGUGGAAGGAUGGGCGCCCCCUCCAGCCACGGCCUGGGGUCCACCUAUCUGCAGACAAGGCCUUCCUGGAGGUGGACCGAGUGGAGGUGUGGGAUGCAGGCCGCUACACCUGUGAGGCACUGAACCAGGCAGGCCGCUCAGAGAAACACUACAACCUGAAUGUCUGGGUCCCUCCAGUGUUCCCCUUGGGGAAGCCCCAGACCCUGACUGUGAUCGAGGGGCAUCCUGCCAGGCUGUCCUGCGAGUGCCGGGGGGUCCCCUUCCCCAAGAUCUCCUGGAAGAAGGACGGUCAGCCUUUGCCUGAGGAUGGGGCCAGCCUUGAGCAGGUAUCGGCUGUGGGGAGGCUGCUCUACCUGGGGCAGGCCCAGCCCAGCCAGGAGGGCACCUACACCUGUGAGUGCAGCAACGUGGCAGGGAACAGCAGCCAGGACCAGGAGCUGGAGGUACACGUUCCCCCUCAGAUCGCUGGCCCCUGGGAGCCCAACACACAGGUCUCUGUGGUCCAGGACAGGGAGACCACUCUGGAAUGCAAUGCCACAGGGAAACCCCCACCAACGGUGACAUGGGAGCGGGACGACCAGCUGGUCGGGGACAAGCCUGGCCUGGAGCUGCAAAACCAGGGUCAGAGCCUGCAUGUGGUACAGGCACAGGCUGCCCACGCCGGACGCUACAGCUGCGUGGCUGAGAACGUGGCUGGGAGGGCUGAGAGGAGGUUUACGCUCUCCGUGCUAGUGCCUCCAGAAAUCAUUGGCAACUCAGACCCGCUGACCAAUGUCACCACCACCUUGCACAAUCCCUUGACACUGCUUUGUGAAGCCACAGGCCUCCCACCCCCAGAGGUCCACUGGUUCCGAGGGGAGGAACCCAUCAGCCCUGGGGAGGAUACCUAUCUCUUGGCAGGUGGCUGGAUGCUGAAGAUGACUCAGGUGCAGGAGGAGGACAGAGGACUCUACUCAUGCCUGGCAAGCAACAAGGCUGGGGAGGUGCAGAGGAACUUCAGCGUCGAGGUCCUGGUUCCUCCCAGUAUCGAGAAGGAGGACCUGGAGGAGGUGAUCAAGGUUCCCAAGGGACAGACUGCCCACCUGACAUGUAACACCACAGGUCACCCACAGCCCAAGGUCACAUGGUUCAAAGAUGGUCGACCCCUGACUAGUGGAGACGCUCACCACAUCUCCCCAGAUGGAGGCCUCCUGCAGGUCCUCCAGGCCAACUUGUCCAGUGCUGGUCACUACUCCUGCAUUGCAGCCAACACAGCAGGGGAGAGGACCAAGCACAUCCAGCUUAGUGUCCUGGUAGUUCCCACCAUCCUGGGGGUGACCGAGGACAGUGAGGACGAGGAGGUGACAGUGAUCAUCAACAACCCCAUUUCUCUGAUCUGUGAGACACUGGCCUUCCCCUCCCCCACCAUCACCUGGAUGAAGGAUGGCGUCCCGUUUGAGGUUUCAAAGAACAUCCAGCUGCUCCCAGGUACCCAUGGACUGCAGAUCCUGAAUGCCCAGGAGGAAGAUGCAGGCCAGUACACCUGUGUGGUCACCAAUGAGCUUGGGGAGGCCUUGAAGAACUACCACGUGGAAGUCCUCAUCCCCCCUUCCAUCUCCAAAGAUGACCCCUCGGGGGAGUUUGGCGUGAAGGAAGUGAAGACCAAGGUCAAUAGCACCUUGACCCUGGAGUGUGAGUGCCGGGCCGUGCCCCCACCCACCAUCAGCUGGUACAAGGAUGGACAGCCUGUGACCCCACAUGAGCGACUGCAUGUCCUGGGCGAAGGACGACUGCUCCAGAUCCAGCCCACGCGGGUCUCAGAUUCAGGGCGAUACCUGUGUGUGGCCACCAAUGUGGCUGGCGAGGAUGACCAGAACUUCAAUGUGCUCAUUCAGGUGCCCCCCAUGUUCCAGAAGGUGGAUGAUGAUAGUGCAGCCUUUGAGAUCCUGUCCCGGGAAGAGGAGCUCCAGGGCGGGGUGACAGAGUACCGGGAGAUUGUGGAGAACAACCCUGCCUACCUGUACUGUGACACCAAUGCUAUCCCACCCCCGGAGCUCACCUGGUACAGGGAAGACCAGCUCCUCUCGACCACUGAUGGGGUGUCUGUGCUGCAAGGGGGGCGAGUGCUGCAGAUCCCCCUGGUGCAUGCGGAGGAUGCCGGAAGGUACUCCUGCAAGGCCUCCAAUGAGGUGGGAGAGGACUGGCUGCACUACCAGUUGCUGGUGCUGACCCCACCUGUGAUUCUGGGCGACACAGAGGAGCUGGUGGAGGAGGUGACUGUCAACGCCAGCAGCACUGUCAGUCUACAGUGCCCGGCCCUGGGCAACCCCAUGCCCACCAUCUCAUGGCUCCAGAACGGGCUGCCUUUCUCCCCAAGCCCGAGGCUGCAGGUCCUGGAAGAUGGGCAAGUCUUGCAGGUUUCCACCGCAGAGGUAGCUGAUGCUGCCAGCUACAUGUGUGUGGCUGAGAAUCAGGCAGGCUCCACAGAGAAGCUCUUUACCCUCAGGGUCCAAGUCCCACCAAGAAUCACAGGCCUGACCUCAGAAAAGGUCACUGCCAUCCUCAAUGGCAGCAUCUCCCUGCCCUGUGAUGUCCACGCUCACCCGAGCCCUGAGGUCACAUGGUACAAGGACGGCCAGGCCCUCUCCCUGGGUGAAGAGGUCUUCCUCCUGCCUGGCACCCACACACUGCAGCUGGCACGAGCACAGCCAUCAGACUCUGGGACGUACAUGUGUGAAGCCCUCAAUGCUGCUGGCCAAGACCAGAAGCUGGUGCAGCUUAGUGUGCUGGUUCCUCCCACCUUUAGGCAGGCUCCCAGCGGCCCCCAGGACACAAUCCUGGUCCGGGCUGGGGACAAAGCUGUCCUGAACUGUGAGACAGACUCACUCCCCAAGCCUGCUGUCACCUGGUACAAAGAUGGGCAGCCCAUGGUCCCAGCACAACGGACCCAGGCUCUGCUGGGUGGGCAGAGGCUGGAGAUCCUGGACACCCAGGUGUCAGAUAAAGGUUUAUACAGCUGUAAAGUCAGCAAUGUGGCUGGGGAGGCCAUGCGGACCUUCAUCCUCACCAUCCAGGUACCCCCAACAUUUGAGAACCCCAAGAUGGAGACAGUGAGCCAAGUGGCUGGGAACCCCCUCGUCCUGACCUGUGAUGUGACUGGGGUCCCUGCACCCACUGUUACAUGGCUGAAAGACAGAAUGCCUGUGGAAAGCAAUGUGGCCCAGGGCGUGGUCACCCGUGGGGGCCGCCUCCAGCUUAGUCGCCUGCAGCCAGCCCAGGGUGGCACCUACACAUGCGUGGCUGAGAAUCCUGAAGCUGAGGCCCGCAAGGACUUCCUGGUGACUGUGCUGGUGGCCCCCUGGAUCCGGAGCUCGGGCAGCACACAGGAGCAUAGCGUUUUGGAGGGGCAGGAGGUGCAGCUGCACUGUGAGGCUGAAGGGCAGCCACCACCAGUUGUGACCUGGCUGAAGGAUGGUGGCCCAGUGGAACAGAGCAUGGGCCCCCACCUCCGGUUCUACCAGGAUGGCAGCUCCCUGGUGCUGAAGGGCCUGAGGGCCUCGGACUCCGGCGCCUACACCUGUGUGGCCCAUAGCCCCGCCGGGGAGGACGCCAGGCUGCACACUGUGAAUGUCCUGGUCCCUCCCACCAUCGAGCAGGGAGCAGGCAGUACUGGGACCCUGGUGAGCAGGCAUGGAGAGCUGGUGACCAUGGCGUGCCCCGUCCGGGGCUCCCCACCCAUCCACGUGAGCUGGCUCAAGGAUGGCCUGCCCCUCCCGCUGUCCCAGCGCACACACCUCCACGGCUCUGGGCGUACCCUCAGGAUUUCCCAGGUGCAGCUGGCAGAUUCUGGCAUCUUCACCUGCAUAGCUGCAAGCCCGGCGGGCGUGGCCAACAGGAACUUCACCUUGCAGGUGCACGUGCCCCCUGUCCUGGAGCCAGUGGAGUUCCAGAAAGACGUGAUGGUGGUUCGUGGCUCCUCGGUGGUCCUCCCCUGCGAAGCCCGGGGCAGCCCUCUGCCUCUCAUAUCAUGGAUGAAGGAUGGGGAGCCCUUGUUUCCCCAGAGCCUUGAGCAGGGGCCUGGCCUGCGACUGGAGAUAGCCAGGACUGGUGACUCGGGGACAUAUUCCUGCGUGGCCAUGAGUGAGGCAGGGGAAGCGAGGAGGCAUUUCCAGCUGACAGUGAUGGAGCCCCCCUACAUCGAGGACUCAGACCAGACUGCAGAGCUGUUGCUGACCCCUGGCACUCCCUUGGAGCUCCUCUGUGAUGCCCAGGGCAGUCCCCAACUCAACAUCACCUGGCAUAAGGAUGGGAAGGCCCUGAGCAGGCCAGAGAACAUCAACACAGCCUGGCGGGUGCUCCGGGUCGAGGGUAUACAGGUGGGCGAUGCUGGCCUAUACACUUGCUUGGCCAAGAGCCCUGCUGGUGAAGUUGAGAAGAGCUUCCAAGUCAGAGUUCAAGCCCCUCCAAGUGUUGUUGGACCUCGAGGUUACCGCUCUGUGGUUGGUCUGGCCCCAGGACAGCUGGUCCUGGAAUGCUCGGUGGAGGCAGAGCCAGCACCUGAGAUUGAGUGGCACCGAGAUGGUGUCCUGUUGCAGGCAGAUGCCCACACACAGUUCCUGGAGCAGGGCAGGUUCCUCCAGUUGCAAGCCCUGAGCACAGCCGACAGUGGUAACUACAGCUGCACUGCGCGCAAUGCCGCAGGCAGCACCAGCCUGGCCUUCCACGUGGACGUCCACACAACACCCAUUAUCCAGCCGGGGCCGCCCACAGUGAAUGCCUCAGCAAACCAGACAGCCCUGCUGGCCUGCCAGGCUGACGGAGUCCCCCAGCCCCUUGUGAGCUGGCAGAAGGAUGGGGUCCCCCUGGACCCUGAGAAUCCGAGAUUUGAGGUUCUGCCUGAGGGUUCCCUGAAGAUCCAGCCGGUCCUGGCCCAGGAUGCUGGCCACUACCUUUGCCUAGCGUCCAACUCUGCCGGCUCCGAUCGGCAAGGCCGUGACCUCCAGGUCUUUGAGCCUCCAGCCAUCACCCCUGGCCCCUUCAACUUGACCCUGACUGCCCAUACCCAGGCCUCAUUGCCUUGUGAGGCCAGCGGCUCCCCCAAACCCCUCGUGGUCUGGCGGAAGGAUGGACAGAAGCUGGACUUCCGCCUGCAGCGGGACACCUACUGGCUCCUGCCUUCCAAUGCCCUGCUCCUCACAGACCCCAGUCCCCAGGACUCCGGCCAGUUUGAAUGUGUGGUGAGCAAUGAGAUGGGUGAGGCCCGCAGGAUCUACCAGGUGACCAUUCACGUGCCUCCCACCAUUGCUGACGACCAGACGGACUUCACCGUGACCAAGAUGGCGCCUGUGGUCCUCACAUGCCAUAGCACAGGGAUCCCAGCCCCAGUUGUGUCCUGGAGCAGAGCGGGCACCCAGCUUGGGCUGCGGGGAAGUGGCUAUCGUGUCUUACCCACGGGUGCCCUGGAGAUCAGACAGGCCCUCCCUAUCCAUGCUGGCCGCUACACUUGCACAGCCCACAACUCUGCUGGUGUGGCCCACAAACAUGUGGUCCUCACUGUGCAAGCCUCCCCUGUGGUGAAGCCUUUGCCCAGCAUAGUUCGGGUGUUGGAGGAGGAGGAGGUGGUGCUGUCUUGUGAGGCCUCAGGCAUCCCCCGGCCAAGCAUCACCUGGCAGAAAGAGGGGCUCAGCAUCCCUGCAAGAGCAAGGAUGCAGAUCCUCCCCAGUGGACAGCUGCGGAUUAUCCAUACCAGCACAGAGGAUGCUGGGAACUACUUCUGCAUCGCCCAGAACAGUGCAGGCAGUGCCGUGGGCAAAACACGGCUGGUGGUGCAAGUUCCACCCACGAUUGAGACUGGAGUCCCUGACCUGUCCACCACUGAAGGUUCCCAUGCCCUCUUGCCUUGCACGGCCAGGGGCAGUCCUGAGCCCAACAUCACCUGGGAAAAAGAUGGCCAGCCUGUGUCUGGAGCUGAGGGCAGGUUCACCAUCCAGCCUUCUGGGGAGCUGCUGGUAAAGAACUCAGAGAGCCAGGAUGCUGGCACCUACACUUGCACGGCCCAGAACUCUGUGGGCCGUGCCCGCCGCCGUGUACACCUCACCAUCCUGGCACUGCCUGUAUUCACCACGUUGCCCGGGGACCGCAGCCUGCGCCUGGGGGAGAGACUGUGGCUUCGGUGUGCUGCCCGGGGCAGUCCCACCCCUCACAUUGGCUGGACUGUCAACGACCGGCUGGUCACAGAGGGAGUGUCAGAACAGGAUGGGGGCAGCACACUGCAGCGGGUGGCAGUCACCAGAGAGGACAGCGGCAUCUACAUCUGCUGGGCAGAGAACAAAGUGGGCCGUGUGCAGGCUGUCAGCUUUGUCCACGUGAAGGAAGCUCCCGUCCUACAAGGGAAGGCCUUCUCUUAUCUGGUGGAACCUGUUGGGGGCAGUGUUCAGCUGGACUGUGUGGUCCAUGGAGACCCAGUGCCCAGCAUCCGCUGGAUCAAGGAUGGCUUUCCACUUCGGGGCAGCCUUCUCCGGUACCAGCUGCAGAAUGGCUCACUGACCAUCCACAGGACUGAGCUGGACGAUGCUGGACAGUACCAGUGCCUGGCAGAGAACGAGAUGGGUGCGGUGGAGAAAGUGGUGGUCCUUGUACUUCAGAGUGCUCCAGUAUUCCAGGUGGAACCCCAGGAUGCGAUAGUGAGAUCUGGGGAGGACGUGGCCCUGCGAUGCCAGGCCACUGGAGAGCCAGUGCCCACAGUGGAGUGGCUGCGAUCAGGCCAGCCCUUGCGGGCCAGCCAGCGGCUCCAGACCCUGCCAGAUGGAAGCCUGUGGUUGGAGCAUGUGGAGGCCAGGGACGCAGGCGUGUAUGAGUGUGUCGCUCACAACCUCCUAGGAUCUGCCAGAGCCCAGGCGUUCUUGGCCGUGAGAGAGGAGCCUCGGGGGAGCCGGGGCAGCGUGAUCGGGGUGAUCAACGGCCAGGAAUUUGGUGAGGCCACUCUCAAUACCACCAUGCAACAGGAGGCACGUUCUGGGACCACCACCAUCCGGAGCAGCAUCAACCACAUCCCUGCAAACGUGGGGCCGUUGAUGCGUAUACUCAUCGUUGCCAUUGCUCCUAUCUACUGGACCCUGGCUGGAGAGAGUGGGGAGGCCCUGAAUGGCUACUCACUGACGGGUGGCAGCUUCCAGCAGGAGUCACAUGUGGAAUUUGCUACAGGGGAGCUGCUCAAAAUAACCCAAGUGGCUCAGGGCCUGGAUCCCGAUGGCUUCCUUCUCCUCGACAUGAUGGUCAAUGGCAUCAUCCCCAAGAGCCUCGCAGAUGCAGACAUUCAAGUGCAGGACUUCCAGGAGCGCUAUGUGCAGACUGGGCCUGGCCAGCUGUUUGUGGGCUCCAUGCAGCACUUCCUGCAGGGCGGCCUCCCCACAUUCCUGCACUGCAACCACAGCAUACAGUACAACGCGGCCCAGGGCCCCCAGCCCCAGCUGGUACAGCACCUUCGGGCUUCAGCUGUGAGCACGGCCUUUGACCCCGAGGCCAAGGCCCUGCACUUCCAGCUGACCACAGCCCUGCGAGUUGAGGAGAAUGAAGUCGGCUGCCCAGAGGGCUUUGAGCUUGACCCCCAGGGAGCAUUUUGUGUAGAUAGGGACGAGUGUGUGGACGGCCCCAGCCCUUGCUCCCACUCCUGCCACAAUGCACCUGGCCGCUUCUCCUGCUCCUGUCCGACCGGCUUCACCCUGGCCUGGAACAACAGGGACUGCAAAGAUGUGGAUGAGUGUGCAUGGCAUGCCCACCUCUGUCAGGAGGGUCAGCGCUGUGUGAACCUGCUCGGGUCCUACCACUGCCUCCCUCACUGUGGGCCUGGCUUCCGGGUGGCUGCUGAUGGGGCUGGCUGUGAAGAUGUGGAUGAGUGUCUGGAGCAGCUGGAUGAGUGUCACUACAACCAGAUCUGUGAGAACACUCCAGGCGGGCACCGCUGCAGCUGCCCCAGGGGGUACCGGAGCCAGGGCCCACGCCUGCCCUGCCUAGAUAUCAAUGAGUGUCUGCAGCUGCCCCGGGCCUGCACCUUCCAGUGCCACAACCUCCAGGGCAGCUACCGCUGCCUGUGCCCACCAGGCCAGACCCUCCUCCGUGAUGGCAAGACCUGCACCCUGCUGAUUCGGAGUGGACAGAACGUGACCACCAUCAGCCACCAGGGCCCUUCUGCAUCCUGGCUGCGGCCACGUGCGCCCAUCCCUGGUGGCUCCUACCACGGCUGGGUCUCCCUUCGGCCGGGUCCUGUAACCUUGAGCAGCAUGGGCCGGGCCUGGUGCCCCCCUGGCUUCAUUAGGCAGAAUGGUAUCUGCACAGACCUUGACGAGUGCCAGGUGAGGAACUUGUGCCAGCACGCCUGCCGGAACACCAAGGGCAGCUACCAAUGCCUCUGCCCUGCGGGCUACCGCCUCCUCCCCAGAGGAAAAAACUGCCAGGACAUCAAUGAGUGCGAGGAGGAUGGCAUUGAGUGUGGGCCCAGCCAGAUGUGCUUCAACACCCGGGGCAGCUACCAGUGUGUGGACACGCCAUGUCCCGCCACCUACCGACAGGGCUCCAGCCCGGGGACCUGCUUCCGGCGCUGCUCUCAGGACUGCAGCGCUGGUGGUCCCUCGACGCUGCAGUACAGGCUGUUGCCGCUGCCCCUGGGCGUGCGCGCCCACCACGACGUGGCUCGCCUCACCGCCUUCUCCGAGGCUGGAGUCCCAGCCAACCGCACCGAACUCAGCGUGCUGGAGCCCGACCCGGGCAGCCCAUUCGCGCUGCGCCCUCUGCGCGCUGGCUACGGCGCAGUCUAUACUCGCCGUGCGCUCACCCGCGCCGGCCUCUACCGGCUCACGGUGCGUGCCGCCGCGCCGCGCCACCAAAACGUCUUCAUCUUGCUUAUCGCUGUGUCCCCUUACCCCUACUGA